AUGAAAAGAAAAACUCUGUUACUUGAAGCUGAUAUUAUCUAAUAAAUAAAAAGUGCCUUCAACCUCAAUUAAAUCGAAAUCACAGAAUUGAUGACUUAAGCUAAACGAUAUGAUCCUAAAGGAACUGGUUAUGUUAGCAAAAAUGAAGUUGAUGAUAUUAUGAGAGGUUAUUGAUUUUAAUUUGAUAAUGUAGAUUUGAAGUUGUUGAAUAAUGAAAAAAUGAUUGCCAAAUUUAAAGAGGAAAUAAAAACUUAUGAUGGUAAAGUACUUGAACUUAAAUAAAUAUGUGAUCUUUAUUGUAAAUUGAAGAAUUAUUAAUAACAAUUAGAAGAUGAAGAAACAAUUACUUAAGAAUAUAGUAUUUUUUUAUUUCAAUUAUUUUUAGUUGAUGCAUUUGUUGCUUUAGGAGGAUAACCUGAUAGAUCAGGUUAUGUAUAAAAAUAAACAAUAAUAGAUAUCAUCUAAAAGGAAUUUGAAUUGAAAAUUGAUUUAGAAUCUUUUCUAGGGGAUUUCUAACUCACUCAAUUAGAAUUUGAAGAUUUUUGCUAACUUUUUGAGAAUGCUGGUGAAGAUGCCAAAUCUUUUAUUACUGUAUUAUUAAUUUUAUAAUAAUCUUAUUAGAGUUUCUCAUAAGCCAAAAGAAACAAUACUGAUUUUACCGUAAGAUUCAAAGAUUUUGAGAAAUGGGAGAAAACAACUAUGUGA